GGAUGCUGUGAUGCGGCACUAUAUAUCCCAUGGCAGGACUAUAUCAUCGUUUUUAAGACAGCCUCCGCCAAACAUAGGUUUGCACUCAGUGAUGUCGCGUAAUUGUGUGGCGAAACUGUAACGAUCAAGACAGGCAGAAGUCGGCCUUUUUUAAUUAUUUGAUUCAUUCUUUUAUUUCUUCAGUUCUUUUCUCUUUUUUUACUUUGCUCUAUUAGUCUACCUGAAAGGGAAUCUUACUGUGUCUUUCGUUUUAAUGAAUCUUUAAGAUAAUCGUUUUAGCUUACCUGGUUCUGCGAGUUGAUUUUUUUUAGGUUCACAAGUUUAAGAUAAGAAAAUAAGCUACGGAAUUCGUCUUUGUUUUUAUACUGUCAAGUGAUAUCUUGAUUCACUAGGCUAUUAUAAGACGUUAUUUGGCAGAGGACGUCCAUAACUUUCAUUUAUAUAUACGACGUCAACUCCAAACUAACAUGGCAGUCAGACUGUGCGAUGUGACCUCUCUACUUAGAAGUGGUUCCUGGGCGGCAGAGCCUUGGACUGGGGUGAUUGCCGCGAUGGAAGCACAGCUGUCCAAUGGGCCGACUUGUAACAACACGUCCAACGGUCCCGCCACGAUCUCGAACAACUGCUCCUCCCCGGUGGACUCGGGCAGCAUAGAGGACAGUAAAACGAACCUGAUUGUCAACUACCUGCCGCAGAACAUGACCCAGGAGGAGCUCAAGAGCUUAUUUGGCAGCAUUGGGGAAAUCGAGUCCUGCAAACUUGUACGAGACAAAAUAACAGGACAGAGUCUGGGUUAUGGAUUUGUGAACUAUGCUGAGCCAAAAGACGCCGAGAAAGCCAUCAACACUUUAAACGGACUGAGACUCCAGACCAAGACCAUUAAGGUGUCGUACGCACGCCCCAGCUCGGCCUCCAUCCGUGAUGCCAACCUGUACGUGAGCGGCCUGCCCAAGACCAUGACCCAGAAGGAGCUGGAGCAGCUCUUCUCCCAGUACGGACGCAUCAUCACCUCGCGCAUCCUCGUCGACCAGGUCACAGGUGUGUCCAGGGGGGUGGGUUUCAUCCGCUUCGACCGCCGGGUGGAGGCGGAGGAGGCCAUCAAGGGCCUGAAUGGGCAGAAGCCCCCGGGAGCCUCGGAGCCAAUCACAGUGAAGUUCGCCAACAACCCCAGCCAGAAGACCAGCCAGGCGCUGCUCUCCCAGCUCUACCAGUCGCCCAAUCGAAGGUACCCAGGACCCCUCGCACAACAAGCGCAGCGCUUCAGGUUGGACAAUCUGCUAAACAUGGCCUAUGGAGUGAAAAGUCGAUUCUCCCCCAUGGCUAUCGAAGGCGUGUCCAGCCUGGCUGGCAUCAACCUCCCUGGGCACGCGGGCACAGGCUGGUGCAUCUUUGUCUACAACCUGGCGCCGGAUGCGGACGAGAGCAUCCUGUGGCAGAUGUUUGGGCCGUUCGGCGCGGUCACCAACGUCAAGGUGAUCCGCGACUUCAGUACCAACAAAUGCAAAGGCUUCGGCUUCGUCACCAUGACCAACUACGACGAGGCCGCCAUGGCGAUCGCCAGUCUGAAUGGGUACCGCCUGGGCGACCGGGUCUUGCAGGUCUCCUUCAAGACUAACAAAUCGCACAAGGCUUAAGUGUUUGUCUCGCUAUCGUUUCUUAAGAAAACUCCCCAAGUCCUCCCAUCCCCGUGGCAUGGGGUGGGCCUGGGAACGGGAAACGGUGCGGUAUCCUUUCUACAUUAGUAUAUAAAAGAAAAGAUAAAAAAGAGACAAAAUGACAUUUGUAAAUCAGUGUUACAAAACGAUCCAAUAUUCAGUGUCCAGCAAUGUGGUGUUUUUUUGUUUGUUUUGAGAUGGUUUUCAGUGUUCUUUUCAGUGUUUUUUUUUGUUCGUUUCCCCUUCAUUGUUAAACUUCAGAACGUCAAAAAGAAACUUGUGUUUUUCGUUAAGUAGACGUGCAAAUCUUGAAUUCUGUUGCCAUGUCUAUAGAAGCACUGUCUAAAAAGUAACAGUGUGGUGUUUUUUAUUUUCAUUCUCCGUUGCCAUUUUUUACGUUCUGCGUUGCCUAAGUAUAAAAUAAGUAUUUAUUUUCCUGCAUUGUUUUAUUUGAGUUUUUCUUGUAUUAUUGUUUGGCUGCGUAAUGUUGCUUAAUGUAAAAUGAAUGGAAAGAAAAUGUCAAAAAAAAAACCUCUUAAAGCAGUACCUUGCCAAAGAGCUAAGAACCUCUUUGAUGUGGGUUUAAGAGCAUCUAUUUUUAUAAACAGAAACAUUUGGAGAAACUUUUUACAGGACCUGGAACAAAUAUUUUGACUUGGAUACUUUGAGAAAUAUCUUCAUAUGACACCUCGUGAGCUUUUGAUCUUUACCAGAGAGUUUGCAGAGGUUCAAGUUUCUGGAAAGAUUUAUGAUGUAAAAGAUACCUUUUGAGAUCUUUGUAUUAAUAUCUUUAGAUUCUAGAAUCAAUGGCAGUGUUUCAUUUAUUUAAAAAAAAAAAAAAAAUCGUCUGUGGGUUGCCUAAUCAUCCUGGUUGUUAUAUGACUAGCAACUCGCGCUCAGAUUAGAUUUUUUUUCCUCUGAAACACAGAAGGUAAAAUACAAAGGUUUAUUCCACUUAAAAAAAAAAAGAAAA